AAGAGCAAUAAGGAACACUUGACAGUUACUCAUUAACUCCAACAGACUUUACACCCGUCCGGCUGUAAAGCGAUAGGAAGACAGUUUACUCUGGAUACGUUGUAUUUACACUCAGCCUGCAGGGUUUAGUUUGGCACCAGACGGGUUAAAAUGAGUGAUACGGAGGAAGAUAAUGAAAUCUCCUUUCCAGUAAAGUUUCUUGGCCGGGUUGAGGUGGUCCGCUCUGAUGGACUAAAGAUUCUGUCUGAGGCUGCUCAGAGCCUAAAGACUCCAGAUCAAUUCUCCUCAGAGAAGGCAGCGAGGAAGAGCAAGGUCCAUCUCUUCCUUUCGCUCAGUGGGAUUGACAUAUUGGAAAACAAAACCAAGUUUCUGCUGUACUCGUGUCCUCUGUCCACUAUUUCCUUCUGUGCAGUCCUACCAUCUUCGCCCAAAGUGUUUGGAUUUGUGGCUCGACACCCUGCAGCAGACACCAACCACUGCUACCUGUUCCAGAGCCAGGCGUUUUCUCACGUGCUGGUCUCAGUCAUUGGGGAUGCAUUCAGAGCCUCAAAAAAGGAGGAGAGCAUCAGGGGAGGGAGAGACCUGAUAGUGGAGGCCCUCAGACAUAAGAAUAAAGUGCUGCAAAGAGAGAAUGAGGAGCUGAAGAGGAGGCUUGUAGGACAGAGCAACUGAUGCUGCACUUCCAGCAAUUGAGAUACAUUCUAAUUAACCUGUUAUAUACUCAUGAACAAACUUCAAAUAUUAAAAAAUAAACUCCAAUGUGUUGUUAUUACCAUGUAAAGUCUACGUAUUGCCAAUGUUCCUAAACCAGGUGUUGUGGCGUUACGCGCAUCCACACCAGUAGAGGGCAGCAGUAAGCAGACAGGAACUUGGCGGGUUGCGUUCAACGCUACCCUUUCAGUGUCGGGAAAAUUAAACCUCGUUCUUGUGCCUUUAUAAAGAAUACGUACAGAGUAAAUAAACAUGUGAAAUUAUGGCGGAAUUAUGAUGUGUGGCUUGUGCUCACGGGUAAGAACUGACAAUAAAUGUUAUAUUAGAAACUACUGGUAAAGUAAUUAUUUGCAACUCUUCAACAACUGGAUAAAAAGCCAAACUUGCAUGCCUGACAUAUUACAUUUAAUUGUGUUUCUUCCAUAAAGAUGAUAUAACGUAAUUUAAGCUAUACUAACCACUAGAAUGCAAAUUAAGGAAAUAGUUGAUCCAGAUGGAUGCAAAAAUACAGCUGCCGUAGAUGGAAGAAGAACGUACGCUACGCAGGGCACGUGAAGGCAACAAAACAUGAACGGACACUUGUUUGACAGAAAGCAGUGAGUGCGCACUGCUGUAAACCAUGGUGUAAAGCAGACUUCGGGAUAGCAAAGUUGAACUGUUCGGUCUAAAAGGUAAGUACAGUUUGUACAAAUAAGCUAACUGACGCUGCAGGUGGAUACAGGCACUGGGAGCUUACAGCAUACCUGUAGAACAGGACCAUUAGUUAGCAUGCUAGCUACGCCACGCCUGGACAACAUUGCAUUCAGCUAACUUUACAUUUGGACUGUCAGCUGAUUCUGGUUAAUGGAGAUACUCUCGGUUAUUACCGGCGGACACAGCUCAUUAUCCGCAAACCACAGCUGACAUAACGCUCCUGCGUCAGUUUCCUUGCAUAUUUUCUGUCUUUAUGGAUGUUCUCAUCAACCUGUAGACCGCAAGUCGAUGGGAAACUCAACUUAAUCCGCCAUGGGGGCUAAAUGGUCUCGCAGCGAUAGCAGCCUGUCGCUCCUCCCGGAGAGGCAGAGCUCCGCGCGGCAGGGAGAGGACAAAGACUCCGAUAACGACUCUCUGGACGGGCUCGUGCGGCGCGAGGACAUAGCUCAGUUCCCCUACGUUGAGUUCACAGGCAGGGACAGCAUAACGUGCCCGACAUGCCAAGGCACCGGGCGGAUACCCUCAGGUGAGUAGAAGCAACGUUAUACAUCACUGAAGAUAGCCUGGAAUUAUGUUUAUGCUUAGGUGCCUUACGUCAGAAUUAUAGCACAAUUAUGUAUCCAAUUUUAGUCUCAAAAGUGUUAAACAUAUUUAGUUGCAGUUUGUGUAUGUGCGGUAAGCACUGGGCAGACAUGUCUAUUAAUGCAGGGGUUCCCAACCUUUUUUCCCACGGCCCCCCCCAAAUGACUCCUGUUGGAAGUU